AUGGUUGCUUUUACUAAGAUUGCCUUUACAACUGUCGCAACGUUAACUGCAGUCAAUUCACUUUCGCUCUUUAAUGAGUACGUCGACCGUGCCCUUGCCGUGUUCAAUACACCCAGUGACCUCAAUUCCCAAUAUGAUCUUCAACAACAAAACUUCUUCCAUGUUGCCAAUGAAGCCCACGCCAAUGAUGAUACUAAGCCUGUACCAGGCAAGUCUCCAAUUGAGGUAUGUGACUACUCCAGUAAACAGCUUUUAACCCUUGAUGAAAUUACUAUUUCACCUAAUCCACCUGAAGCUGGGGCCAAUUUGACAUUUACUGCCAAAGGUACUCUUGACAAGACUAUAACCGAUGGUGCUUAUGUCGAAGUUGAUGUUCGUUAUGGAUUCAUCAAGUUGAUUCACCAAACCUAUGACAUUUGUAAAGAAAUCACCAAGGUCGAUUUAGAGUGUCCCAUUGAAAAGGGGAAACAAGUGAUUACAAAAGAGGUUGAAAUUCCCGAGGAAGUUCCACCUGGAAAGUAUUUGGUCACCGCUAGAGCUUUUACAAAAGAUGAUGAGUAUAUUACUUGUUUGACUGCAACAGUUGAGUUUCCCUACCAAUAA